CUGACUUAGUCACGUGCCCUACGAAUAAUUUAUACUUUCUCGCAGUCCUUACGACCCUCGCGGCGAAGGUGCGUCAUCAGAAGUAAACGGUGCUCAUGAGCCGCAAGCGACAGCCUCCAUGUGUUUGUACUGUUUCGAUGUACUUCUUCAAGAGCUCAAGGCAUGCAAGCUUCGCGGUUGGAACAGUCCGCCUACAUCAACCCCAGCCUUUGUUGGAGCUCUAUCGGAUGACCGAGUAGAGUGUCCUAUUUUUGUCACGUGGCAAAAGAGAAGAGCCCGACGGAACCGAUACGCUGGUGGGGACGAGACCGAUACGUACGAAUUACGAGGCUGCAUCGGUUCACUUACGCCCAAGCCCUUGGUCCAGUCCGUGGCAGAGUACGCACUCUUUAGCGCUUUGCGAGACAGGCGCUUCAACGCUGUAACCUUGGAUGAAAUUCCGGACUUGUGCGUUUCUGUAUCGCUACUCGUUUGCUAUGAAGAGUGCGAAACGUGUCUCGAUUGGACGGUCGGGGUGCAUGGUAUCAUUAUUAGCUGGACUGACGAGCUUCGAAACAGGGAAUAUUCUGCAACUUAUCUACCUGACGUUGCCGAAGAGCAAGGCUGGGAUCAAGCAACCAGCGUGACUUCAUUGAUUCGAAAAUCCGGUUUUCGGGGGGAGGUAACGAAGGAUCUCCUUAGCCAAAUCAAAUGCACGCGAUACCAGAGUUCCAAGCAUAGCCUUUCGUUUGACGAGUACCUGCACGAG